AUGAGCGGCUCUUCGGCACAAUUCUGCACUUACCAUGCCGAGUCAGAACCUGGGGUUGUUGAGGGAGUCGACUCAAGCAUCGCGGUGCGCUCAAUAUGGCCCAGGAAAUGCAUCGGCACUGCCAUUCCCCCGGAACCCUACAUACCCAGGGGCAGAGUAGCAGCGAACGCGUACGCAGACCCGCUGUCUACACUUACAGAUGCCGAGAAAAAAGAAUACAUCGACGCAGAGCUUUGCCUGCAGUCGGCCGCGCCCCGGAGCGGCAUUGAGAAUGCCCAGACGCGUUGGGAUGAGCUGCACUACAUCCACAUAGCGCAGACCAACAUGGUGCACGACGUCGGCGCCUUCCUCCCCUGGCACCGGCUGUACAUGCGCGUGCACGAGCUGCUCCUGCAGUCCGAGUGCAACUACACGGGCGCGCAGCCCUACUGGGACGAGCAGGCCGACUACGUCGCCAUCGAGGCCGGCUCCAUGACCCUGGCCGACUCGGUCGUCUUCGACCCGGACACGGGCUUCGGGGGCAACGGGACCGGCACCGACGAGUGCGUGGCUGACGGCCCGUUCACGGACCUGGAGCUGCAUAUCAACCAGACGGGCUAUGCUGUUGAUUACUGCCUCAGCCGGGAUUUGAGCGAGAGCAAUUUCCUCAGGCAGGCGAACACGUCCUAUGUCGACACGUGCUUCGCCAGUGCGAACUACUCUGAGGCGUGGCAGUGCUACAAGAGCAAUCCUCAUGGGGCUGGCCACUCAGGGGUCGGUGGAGUUAUGUUCGACGUGACGCUCAGCCCGGGCGACCCUCUCUUCUAUCUCCAUCACACGUUCCUGGACUACCUCUGGUGGCAGUGGCAGGCCGUGGACCUCUCCACCCGUUUGACCGAUAUGACCGGCCGCAAUGUUCCUGAAGUCGCGUAUCUGCUUGUUGAUGAGGACUACAUCUUUCCCAUCUCCGUACUCCUGGAAGACAACGGUGAUCCCGGGAACGUUACCACUCUGAAUCAUAACUUGUGGAUGGCCGGUCUGGUCCCUAAUGCAACCAUCAGCGAAGUCAUGGAUAUUCGCGGCGAUUUGAUCUGCGCGGACCGCUUCCCUUACAAUAUCAUCAGCAAAUCAAAGACGUCAAGGACAAAGACAAAGUCGCUUGAGCUGCCGAUAUUCAGGAAGAAGAAGAUGCCUUCUACUACCACGAAGAAGAUGCCGGCCUCCCAGGAUGACAUCAUCAUUGCCCGGCCGAAGAAGGUUUACACCGGGGAGCGACGGAGAAGCCAUGACGCCAGUAGCAGCGCUGCCAGCGAGUUCGACAUUGUCAAGCACCGGCGAUCACUGUCGCUCGCAUGUGCAGAACUUCGCGACAAAGACGGCAAGCUGAAGACUCGCGUCGAGGACUGGAUGCCAAAGCCUUUGGCCGACGGCACGUACGGCAGCGAGCUCAUGCAGGACCUUUGUGAAGAUUUCGCACAGCUAGCAGCUGAUUUGGUGAAGGGCGGUUUCCCUGAGGGUAAGUAA